AUGUGUCAAUCUAAUAUCGAUGGCGAUGCGCAGUACGCACUACCUUUUUGUCAUGUCCACAUGAUGGCAAGAAGACCUUUAUACCCUUCGUCUCCUUCUCAAAUCAUUGUACCAGCACUUACGGAUAGCUCUACGGAAAGCUUGGUUCUUGAGGAAGCACGAGAUAUUGAAUCAUCGGAAUCUACCGCAAUUGCGAUGCUAUGGUGCAAGAAAUAUGCUGGAAAGUAUGAAAAUGAAAAUGCUGAUCAAGAGGUAGUACUUGUGGAGAAAAGUAGAGACGAAUCAGAACAAUGGGAAUGUGAAACCAUUAUUUCUACAUAUUCAAAUCUUGACAACCACUCUGCUGAAAUUGAAGUUCUGGAAAUAAGGAGCAAGAAUUUAACUGAAACCGCAUUUCGAGCUCCCAUUGGCUGGGUGAUAGUUCUAAAAGGUGAAGAAAAAUUUCCAGCAGGGUUUUUACCUCGAAAAGAGACGCGUGAUGUGGAAGAGGAGAAAGAUGAGAAAGAUCCUACUAAUUCAAGAACCAAGUAG